UUGCCUACAACCCUACGAUAUCUUCAAAAGGCGACAGUGGCGUUGCCAUAUCAUUAGUAGAUUAAUCGAUUUGUUUAUAUUUACAUAUACGCAGCAAAGUUUUGGAUUCGCAGAAUUAUUGUCAUUGUGUGCAUUUAUAGCCGUCUGAAUUGUCCUUGUUAAACGAAUAUAAAUCGUAUCAAACAGGUGCCAAAUUGAUUGAAUGGCGUUACGCAGUACAAAACAUACUCAUAAAAGCAUACACUGCUGGCAGUGCUAAUUGUUGAGUCAUCAGCGUCCCAGUCAAUAACAUAUAGCUGAAGAAGAGUUGCAGCAGCCUUGGAGGCGACGGUAACCGCUAGACCGUAUACGUAGGUUGCGUGUAAAGAGCGCACCACUACCACAGCUACAGCUGAAUUCAACUGCAAAUGGAGGACUACAAGUUCCUAUUUAAAAUUGUGCUUGUGGGCAAUGCCGGCGUUGGAAAGACUUGUCUGGUGCGACGCUUUACUCAGGGUCUUUUUCCACCCGGUCAGGGAGCUACUAUUGGUGUGGACUUCAUGAUUAAGACCGUUGAGGUCGAGGGCGAAAAGAUAAAACUUCAAAUCUGGGAUACAGCCGGACAGGAGCGUUUUCGUUCCAUUACACAAAGUUACUAUAGAUCGGCGCACGCGCUGAUACUCGUUUAUGAUAUUAGUUGCCAGCCCACGUUUGACUGUCUGCCCGACUGGUUGAGAGAGAUCCAAGAGUACGCCAACUCGAAAGUGCUUAAAAUACUGGUGGGCAACAAGACGGAUCGCGAUGAUCGUGAAAUUCCCACGCCAAUAGGCGAGGAGUUCGCUAAACAACAUGACAUGUACUUCCUUGAAACAUCCGCCAAAGAGGCGGAAAACGUGGAACGCCUGUUCUAUGAAAUCGCAGCUGAGCUAAUCGGCCAAGCGCGCAGCAAGGACGGCACUAGUGCCGCAGCCGCAGCUGCACAGCGUCAAUCGGAUGGCGGCGGCUCCAUUGGAUUGGGAAGCUUAAGUGCCAAAGCAGCUCAGGGCAACUGCUGUGGUGGAUCCAACAGCUCUAGUAACGGCAACGCCAACCCAAACUCCAACUCUAGUCAAGGCGGCUGAGCAGGGAAUAUAGCAAUAGAGUCGACAACUGGCAGCUUUCAGCUGAAAAGCAACUCAAUGACUAUGGAUGCUAAAUAUUUGUGUUAAACUCCUUUGGAUGUGUAGUUUUAGUACUCCCUGAUUUUCUAUUAGUAUUAUUUGUUAUAGCAUAGAUCUUAAUCUAAGAUCUGGUUGGUGAGCAUCACGAGUUUAUGUUUAAAAUUAAUGUCUAUAUUGAUAUC